AUGGCACAAGCCAAGAACGUUCUCAUUGUCGGCGGCGUUGCAGGUGGAAUGUCUGCGGCCACUCGUUUGCGACGCCUUGACGAAACUGCGAAGAUAACAGUACUCGAAAAGGGGCCGUACAUCAGCUACGCCAACUGUGGCAUCCCUUAUAACCUGGGCGGCGUGAUCGAGAAAGAGUCCGCCCUGCAUCUCCAGACUGUGCCCAAGAUAAAGGCUUGGUUCAAUGUCGAUGUCCAUGUUAACACGGAACUCCUUCGCAUUGACCGUGGAAACAACACUGCAACAGUUCGCGACAAUAAGACUGGAAUCGAGUCCACAUUACCAUACGACAAGCUAAUCCUAGCUAUGGGUGCCGAAGCAUUCGUGCCUCCGAUAAAGGGAGUCCACUCGAAACACGUCUUCCACUUGCAGACAAUUCCCGAUCUACAGCAAAUCGAAGCUUUUAUUGUAUCCAAUAACGUCCGUCGUGCUGCUGUCUUAGGAGGCGGCUUCAUUGGCCUCGAAGCGGCCGAGAAUCUGCGAAAGCGCGGCCUGGAAGUAUCCCUCUUCGAAUACGGCCCUCACGUCUUCCCGCUUGUCGACGGCGAUAUCGCGGAGAGGCUCGAUACCGGGCUGGUACGAAACGGAAUUGACCUAGCUCUCAACGCUCGCGUCCUAGAAAUCACCGAUUCGAGCAUCGUUGCAGAAGGUCGCGAUCCAACACCUGUUGACUUGGUUAUUGUGGCUGUGGGCAUUCGCGCCAGGAGUGCCAUUGCCAAAGAAGCUGGACUCGCGGUGGGUCAGAAGGGAGUCACUGUCAACGAGUCAAUGCAGACUUCUGAUCCUGACAUCUACGCCGUUGGAGACAUGGUUGAGACUCAACACCUCGUCACUGGCACAGCCGUGCAAACGGCUCUCGCUGGUCCGGCAAAUCGUCAGGGCCGGCUUGCAGCAGAUCAUAUUGCCGGACGUGCUGUCCAAUACCGUGGUAAUGUCGGCACAGCUGUCUGUCAAGUAUUCGAUCAAACCGUUGGCCUGGUAGGACUCUCGACAGACAACCUGAAACGCGCGGGCAUCGAGCAUGAAUACGUCACAGUUCACCCACCGCAGCAUGCGAGCUGGUACCCCGGAGGCACACCGAUGACGAUGAAGGUCGCCUUCGAAGUGUCCAGCGGGAAGAUUCUUGGUGCUCAGAUCGUUGGAGGCGAAGGUGUAGACAAGAGAAUCGACGUCUUGGCGACGGCCAUGCGCGGUGGUCUGACGAUUGAAGACCUUGAGCAUCUGGAGCUCGGAUACGCACCCCCAUAUGGAGCAGCCAAGGACGCAAUCAACAUGGUUGGCUUUGUUGGCGGAAAUGUCCUGCGUGGUGAUGUGAAGAUUGUUCAUGCAGCAGAAUUCGCAGACGGUAGCCUGAACCUGAAGGAUUAUCAGGUCGUUGACGUUCGGUCCCCCGAAGAAUUCGCAAGAGGGCAUGUUAAGGGGGCAGUUAACAUCCCGAUCGGGGGAUUGAGGGAACGGAUGGCAGAAUUGAGCCAAGACAAGAAGAUAUUGACUUACUGCUAUGUAGGAUAUCGCGGGUAUUUGGCUUAUAGAGUGUUGGUGCAGAAUGGGUUUGACGUUGUCAAUCUAGAUGGCGGUUUCAAGGCUGUUAGCGAAGGCGGGUAUAAGUCACUUCAGGCAUAG